UUGGACAAACAGGCAGCAGAAUGGACCACUUCAGUCAGGGACAUGUAGAGUUAUACAUUGACUUGCAUUUCAACUUUUGCAUGAUAACCUCAGACACUGGAUUCUUUUUGGCUGGGGAGAGAAGUCACAGAGUCUGAGUGAUGGGGUCAUAUCCAGCCCUGGCGUUUAUCCUGCUGUUUUCUGCAACUCUGUGCUUCAGUUGUGAUGGUGGAAAAGUGUUGGUUUACCCCAUAGAUGGAAGCCACUGGAUUAAUAUGAAAAUCUUGGUGGAGAAGCUACAUUCUCAGGGCCAUCAAAUAACAGUCAUACGCUCCUCUACCAGCUGGUAUGUUUCUGAAUUCUCACCCCAUUACACCUCCAUCACCAUCGCCCAGGAACAGUCCCAAAACAUUGAGAGCCAGGACUUAAUGACCUCUUACUUGAAGAGGACAAUAGAGAUCCGUCGCAGUAAAGGCUCACUAUGGGCCUUUCUGGAUUUUUAUAGGAACCUUUUCAACAUGUUAGGGGAGAAUCAGGAAGUUGUGGCAAAACUGGUCAUCAGUAUCUUUGAGAAUAAGACACUAAUGAAGGAGCUGAAGGAAACUGGAUAUGAUCUUUGUCUGACUGACCCUGCAUUUCCAGGUGGAGUGCUGUUAGCACAUUAUCUCCAGCUUCCCAUGGUUUUUAAUGUGCGCUGGCUUUUCAGUGGAGAGGCACACUUCGCCAUCGCUCCUUCUCCUCUCUCCUAUAUCCCUGAACUGUUCUCUGAAUACUCUGAUAAAAUGGACUUUUUUCAAAGAAUCAAUAAUAUAAUCCGUCAUGCCAUAUUGGUCUACAUGUACUACUAUAUCUCAAAUCCACCAUACCAGGCUGUGUGUGAUCGUUAUUUUGGACCUGAUGUCAACGUCAUGUCUCUCAUCCAGGGAGCUGAUCUCUGGCUAAUGCGGGUUGACUUUAUAUUUGAGUUCCCUCGUCCCACCAUGCCCAAUGUCGUCUACAUCGGAGGGUUCCAGUGUAAGCCCUCCAACCCUCUUCCAUUAGAUUUAGAGGAAUUUGUGCAGAGUUCUGGUGAACAUGGGGUGGUCGUAAUGACUCUGGGGACCCUGCUGGGCGACCUCGGCCCUGAGAUAUCAGAGAUCAUUGCUUCAGCAUUUGCCAACCUCCCUCAAAAGGUUGUGUGGAGACACAUUGGAAAAAGACCUACUCUGGGACAAUAACACCAAUGGCUGGCCAAGUGCUGCCCUCAAAACGAUAUCACUGGUCAUAAAUCAAAAAACUAAGUGUUUACUAAUGGAAUUUAUGAGGCCAUCUACCACGGUGUCCCAGUUCUGGGAAUUCCUCUCAUCUUUGAUCAGUAUGACAACAUGGUACGCAUGAAAGCUCGGGGAGGGGCUGAGAUUGUUGACGUGACAACCUUGGAUGUUGAGUCUCUGACAACUGCUCUGAAGAAUAUGCUAGACCCAGAAAAGCCAUACAAACAGAAUAUGCUCAAACUGUCACAGCUUCAUCAUGACAAACCAAUAAAACCCAUAGACAGUGCCAUUUUCUGGAUAGAGUACGUCAUGAGGUACAAGGGUGCAGCACAUCUGCGCACCGAGUCAUACAAGUUGCCAUGGUAUGCCUAUCACUCUCUAGAUGUGAUGGCAGUCUUUGUGGUAUUUGGUCUGCUGAUUAUUGCAUUAGUUUGCUUUUCCUGUAGAUGUCUCAUUGGAAUGGACGUUUGAAAGGAUGAAG